GUCGCCCUUGCAGAGCCACGAAUUCGAACCGAGCAGUCCGUUUUCAUUGCCCGACGACACAUACAUUCGACGAAGAAUUACGACGCAGCCAUGGCCGAUGUUGGAGAGGAGACCAGCCAUGUGGCCGAGCCGCUCGACCUGGUGAGGCUGCUGCUGAACGAGGUGGUUUUCGUCAAGCUGCGCGGUGACAGAGAGCUCAAGGGCAAGCUUCACGCCUACGAUAGUCACUGCAACCUGGUGCUGGGCGAGGUGGAAGAGACCAUCUACGCCGUCGACGAUGACGAGGAGGAGAGCGACGAGGUCAAGACCAUUAGCAGGAAAUCAGAAAUGUUGUUUGUAAGAGGCGAUAGCGUCGUUUUAAUCUCUCCUCAAGUUCCUUUCUAGAUAUAGACAGCAAUGGCAGCAAUGGCAGCAAUGGCAGCAAUGAUACCGAUAAUGAAACUGAGAUAAUGUUCCACCGAACCACGCGAUGCGACGAGGCGCAUAUAAGUUGGAGGAGGCGGUGACAUAAUGGUCGAGGUGAAUAGGGCUGCUCCAGCAUGUUUAGACUUCAUUGCCAGAAGUUCUGGCUAUCAGCAUGGAAUUCGCUACAGGUCGCGACAAAGACUUGUGUCGAGGGCGAUCAAUGGAUGAGGACGGGGGGAUCAAGAUGCGGCGCUUUACUUUUUGGAGCCGGUGGUGCCAUGGACAAGGCAUCUGCUCUGUGCAGAGAUGCAUUCAAUGCGCUCAAUGCGCAUACACUGCGGCUUGCCGAGCUCAACGUGGACAGACACAGCCUUUGGGAGGUUCGUGAAUCUGGACGAGCACAUUUAUGUAUCUAGUGGUGGUAUGCUUUAAUGCCUAAUACGGGAGUCGUGUCAUCGACCCACAGUUCCGAUACCAGCUCGCCUUAUCGAUAACCUGCUCCCCGGUUACUCACUAC